AUGGGUCUGCGCCGGUGGCCCGUCGGGCUGCUGCUGCCGCUGCUCCUGGGAUCUGCUUCCUUCCUGCUGGGGGGCUGCGCAGGUGAGUGGCUUCUUCGGGGGUUAAAUGUCGACCCGGGAACAGAAUUGGCACCCAGUACGUGCGUGUGUUUGUCCGCAACACGUUUACAGUGAGCGCGUUGGGGGAAGAGUGGAUUUUCAGACAAUGCAAUCCAUACCUUAGCGCCUCUUUCGCCAGCAGAAAAUGCUCCAUAUCUGUUUAGGGCACCCCCUGCCCCCUCCUCCCACCCAGAAAUUAGGGUGAUAAAAAGAUAAAGACGUGUUUUCCUAAAUAUGUUUAGAUGGGGGCGAACUUUCUUGUCCUUCUCACAACAAUAUCGCACUUAUUAGUCACUUGCUGCACAUAAAAAAGGUCUCCUUUGGGAAUUCAUGCACCUAAGUUAGUCGUGCCCAUUGGGUCUACUCUGCGUAGCAAUGGCUGCAACCCUUACAAAAACUGCAGGUGCCAAAGGGGUAUGGGGUAUAACACUAUAAAUGAAUACGCAGAGCUAGAGUUGCAGCCCUCGUUUUCCCCUUGCAGAGCUGUAAUUCCCUGCGCCCUUUGCAAACUACAGUUCCCAGGACUUUUUGGGGGGGAGCCAGCUGCUUUCAAUGUGUGUUGCAUCUGCUUUAAAUGUACGGUAUUUAAAUGUACGGCCCGUUACCCCCCCCCCCGAAAAUACUUCAGUGCUGCCUGGUUUGACCUGCCCCCCCCCCGGCUUUGGGAAAAUAAGUAUGGGAACUAUAGUUUACCCUGGAAAGACCUAAAUUGUCAGCAAUUUAGAGUUCUUGUGGUUCUUUGGGAGCGGGGAAAAUGUGCUUUGAAUGUGCUUUAAAGGUCUGAUGUGUAGGUGUGUGUGUGUGUGUGCUUUCUGUGUGUGUGCUUUCUGUGUUUUUCUGUUGUUUCUUUUCUGCCCAGCGCCUGGCAAACUACGAAACACACCUUGGAGAACCGUAGCAAUAAGGAAGGGAAACUAAAGGCCUCUUAAGAAACAAGCAAGAGGUAAAACCUUAUCUCCCCUCCCCAGUUCCCAAAAGUCCCCCCAUUCCUUCUCUUGAUUUAUUUACUGAAUUUAUUACAUUUAACACACCACUUUUUCACCCAAGGAGCUGAAGGUGGAGUGUAGUUCUCCAGCUUCCCAUUUUAUCCUCACAACAACGCGGUGAGGUGGGCUGGGCUGAGAGACAGUGUCUGGCCCAAGGUCACCCAGCGAGCUUCAUGGCUGAGUGGGGAUUCGAACCCUCAUCUCCCAGGUAACAAAGACCGACACUCUAGCCCUUACACCACCUCCUUGCAGCCCUUUCCCGUCAGUUUAUUUGGGCCUGGCUUGUCCUUGCAGGGAUGAUGAGAUCAAAGAAUCAUAGAAUUGCAGAGUUGGAAGGGACCACGAUGGUCAUUUAGUCCAAACUCCUGAAAUGCGGGAAUAUUUUGCCCAACUUGUGGCUCAGACUCACGACCCUGAGCUUAAAACUCUCAUGCUCUACCAACUGAGCUACUAGCUGAGCUACUAGAUGAUGGUGAUGUUUUCAAUUGUUAGCCGCUUGCUGCAAAAGGAGUCUGUAAGCAACUUCUUGUUGUUUAGUCAUUUAGUCGUGUCCGACUCUUCGUGACCCCAUGGACCAGAGCACGCCAGGCACUCCUGUCUUCCACUGCCUCCCGCAAUUUGGUCAAACUCAUGCUGGUAGCUUCGAGAACACCGUCCAACCAUCUCGUCCUCUGUCGUCCCCUUCUCCUUGUGCCCUCCAUCUUUCCCAGCAUCAGGGUCUUUUCCAGGGAGUCUUCUCUUCUCAUGAGGUGGCCAAAGUACUGGAGCCUCAGCUUCACGAUCUGUCCUUCCAGUGAGCACUCAGGGCUGAUUUCCUUCAGAAUGGAUGGGUUUGAUCUUCUUGCAGUCCACAGGACUCUCAAGAGUCUCCUCCAGCACUAUAAUUCAAAAGCAUCAAUUCUUCGCCGAUCAGCCUUCUUUCUGGUCCAGCUCUCACUUCCAUACAUCACUACUGGGAAAACCAUAGCUUUAACUAUACGGACCUUUGUCUGCUUUUUAAGAUGCUGUCUAGGUUUGUCAUUGCUUUUCUCCCAAGAAGCAGGCGUCUUUUAAUUUUGUGGCUGCUGUCACCAUCUGCAGUGAUCAUGGAGCCCAAGAAAGUUAAAUUUCUCACUGCCUCCAUUUCUUCCCCUUCUAUUUGCCAGUGGCCAUGAUCUUCGUAAGCAACUUACACCAUUUUAAAAAUACCAACCAUAACAUUAAGUUGGAUGAAUGAAAAAGUUAACAAAGGCCGUAGGAUAAAUUCCAGCCAAACAGCAGCGAGAAAAUACAAUAUUGUUUUGGCCGCAAAAUACAAAUAACAUCCAGCGACAUCACCCUAAUUUGUAAAGCUGUCUGGCGGAAGAGAUAAGUUUUUGCCUGGCAUUGAAAGAUGACGGUGCCAGGCGGAUUUUGCUGUCCCCGAUCUGGCUGGGCUCUGCGGAGGACGCCCAAAGGAAUUCAGGCAGGAACACAGGUGCAAGUUGACUUUUCACGAUAUGCAAGGAUUCAAUUGCACGGCUGGCUUGCAUUUAUUGGGGCCUGUGUAUUAAUUGGCUUCCCGGUGGGCGAAACGGUUGUGGUAACAGGUACAUUUCUGCAUCUCUUUUACCUCUGGCCUCACUAUUUACCCCCCUAAAAAACACCUCCAUGUGUGAACACACAAACACAAACUGCUCAGGAAAACAGUUUCUGCACCUCCUACAUUAAAUGCUAUUUCUUGAAGCUUGUGGCAUAAAAAAAGCUUCUUAACUUUUCAGGUGUCACAAGACUCUCUUUCCUCUUUGGUAAGUUUCACUUUCCAGGGUUGGUUGGAUAGGCUCCAACAUUGGGCGGGGGGUGGGGGGAACAGUGCAAGUUGUAGUUUUAAAAACUGAUUUUAAAGUUGUGUUUUAAACCUCCCCUCCCUGUCUCCUCUGCCCCUGGCGUGUUGCAGUCUUGAUAACAACCACAACUGCACCCACCUGGUACAGCGACAUUAGGUGUAGUUCAGCUCUUUAUUUGAAGGGAAAACAACAGAUCGGCAGAAUAAAAAACAGGAAAUGUCGAACCUUCCCCUGUACCACAAUCUCCACCUCGGAACCACGUCUUCAAGCUGAGCUUUCCAGCGACAACACCAAGCUGAAAACUUCUGCUUUAUGUUUUUCCUUGCGCAAUAUCCAUUUGGGGCAAACAAAGAGGACUAGAAAGUUUGUCACUAUUUUGUGACAUUUUAGUCGGUGGUAAAGUAAAAUGUGCAGAAAACAGACGGCUGAAUAAAAGGCAUUGCAGAGCAUUACAGUGCUAACAUCUCUAAUAUUAUUCAUUACCUUUUUAGAUUCUUUUUCCCCCAGAGAAGGGACCCAAAGCAACUUGCAAAGCGCUAUGGCCUUCAAAAUAAAGCACAAAAGAACUGCUCUUUAAUCCGAUGGUCAUUGGACUCAACUGACAUUUGGGUUUUUUUUACUUUUGAUGUGAUGCGAUUUUCUUGCAUGUGUGCUGUCCACGGUGAUAUUUUUUAUUAGAGAGUGCAUGGAACUGCAAGGAACAUACACACGCCCACAUGUGAAUUAUGGCUAAAAUACUGCAUUUCUUCAAGUCAGCAAAGAGUGACAGCAUUGAUAGUUCAGGGUUUGAGCUCCAUGUUUGACAAAGAUUCAUGGAUCAUAGAAUCUUAGAGUUGGAAGGGACCCCAAAGGUCAUUUAGUCCAACUCACUGCAAUGCAGGAAUCUCAACUAAAGCAUCCAUGACAGAAGGACCUCCAACCUCCGCUUAAAAACCUCCAAGGAAAGAGAGUCCACCAGCUCCCGAGAGAGACUUUCCCACUAUCAGACAGCUCUUACUCUCAGAAAGUUCUUCCUGAUAUUUAGUCAGAAUCUCCUUUAUUGAGACUUGAAGCCAUUGGUUUGAGUCCUACCCUCCCAAGCUGGAGAAAACAAGCACACUCCAUCUUCCAUGGGACAGCCCUUGAGAUAUUUGAAGAUGGAUCUCCUAUCUCCUCUCAGUCUCCUCUUUUCCAGGCUACUCAGCUCCUUCAACCAUUCCUCAUAAGGCUUGGCUUCUAGACCCUUGAUCAUCUUAGUUGCCCUCCUCUGUGUGGGAUGUGAAACACAAGAGCAGUCAAGUACAACAUUUCUAGAGUGAACAUGUUUACACAUGGGGAGAAAUGCUUGUCCAGCCAGCAGGUAAACUUCCUGUUUCCUUCUGGGCUGGGACAGACUUCCUCUGCAUGUGACUAGAGGCGGGCGUGGCCUCACCUGUUCAGGUAACGACAAAAGCACAGGGCAGGACAACCAUCUUUCUCUCCAUGACUACUUUCGGCGAAGAAGCAACAUCUGAUUAGCCAAAGAUGCUCUCUUGGUCUCCAGCCAAGAGAAGACAAAGGGACUGUCUCCUUAUGGGAUAGUUUCCAGGUGUAUGUUACUUUUCUAAGCUUCUGGGAUCCGAUUGUGAACAUAAUCUUCUUUUAUAGAAGACUGUGUCAUGUCUUAUCUUUUAUGAGGGAAUAACGGGAAAAUACCAGAACGGUUAUUAUAGAGGCUUUAGCAAGCCUGAGCAAACGCAUCCGCUGUGAGUUUAAAAGGGGGAAUGUUACUCUGCUAAGUUGUGAACUUGUUUACACAAGUUGGAAAGGCUAUAAUCAAACAAUAUAUCCUCUCCUGCAUCCCUGAUCAUUCCCACACUCUGCGCAUGUUCUAGCUUGUCAACAUCCUUCCUAAAUACUUAGAAAUCUUUAGCUGAGCUUCCUGCAUUGCCGGGGGUUGGACUAAAUUGCUCUCAGAGAUACCUUCAUUUUAUGAUUCUACUGGAGUCCUAAUUCUGCCCCUCUCUGUCUUCCUUUCCAGGCUCCUCCUCGCACUCCUUGCGCUAUUUCUACACGAGGGUGUCUGAGCCUGGCCAGGGGCUUCCCCAGUUCACCGCUCAGGGGUCCGUUGAUGACCACAUCUUCAUUCAGUACGACAGUGACAGGAAAAGAGCCUUUCCUCAGGUGCCCUGGGUCCAGAAGGUGGGGCAGGACUAUCCCCAUUACUGGGACAAUAUGACCCAGAUCUUUCGGGAUGCUGAGGAAGUCUUCCGAGUCGUUCUAGAGAGUGUGCAGCGUGACCACGAGCAGAGCACAGGUGAGUGGGUUCUGCAAGGGGCAGCGAGUCCCCCUCCCCAAUAUUUAUCCCUCCCCUGGUCAGGAAAUGGGGAGCAGGGGGAGGACAACUGGGAGCUCCACAGAAGCUCCUUCUCCCUCCAUGCACCAAGCAGUUUGACUGUAACCUUAGCAGCACCCAAGUGACCUCCCUGGGGUGCAAGCCUGGACAGUGUGUCUGGAGGUCCUGCACUGCUCAGGCGACAAGACCCCCCUCUCAGCCUCGCCGAUGUGCUCCAAAGGAAAGCAGAGCAAGACGUUUGGUACCAACUGAGCUGCAGGAGUUGCCCGAAGGAGGCGUACAAGGCGCCAUUCAACCAUCCUCGGGACUCCACUCUGGAUUUAUGUAGAGUUUGUCCUGAGAGCCUUUUCUUCUCCGCAAGUCAGCAGAGGUUUAGGAUCAGCGUUUUCCUUCUCCUCGAUGGUCUCCCUUCCCUGGUGGACGAGCCCCAUCUGCCCCUCACUUCUCUCUGCGACAUGUGCAGAAACUGCCUUAUUUACGGCUGGCCCCACACUUGGUCAGGGAUGCGGGUGGAGCUGUGGGUUAAACCACAGAGCCUAGAACUUGCCGAUCAGAAGGUCAGUGGUUCAAAUCCCCGCAACGGGGUGAGCUCCCGUUGCUCGGUCCCUGCUCCUGACAACCUAGCAGUUCGAAAGCACAUCAAAGUGCAAGUAGAUAAAUAGGUAUGGCUCUGGAAGGAAGGUAAACGGCGUUUCCGUGCGCUGCUCUGGUUCGCCAGAAGCGGCUUGGUCAUGCUGGCCACAUGACCCGGAAGCUGUACGCCGGCUCCCUCGGCCAAUAAAGCGAGAUGAGCACCGGCAACCCCAGAGUCGGUCACGACUGGACCUAAUGGUCCGGGGUCCCUUUACCUUUACCACACUUGGUCUCAUCUGCUCGAUCCACCGGGGCCUGUCUUUGCAUGCAGGGGAAGCCCCUAUUUACACUUGCCUGUAAAUCCCACUGAAAUCAAAGGGACUUGCUUCUGCAUGGACAAGUACAGUCAUACCUCGAGUUAAAUAUGCUUCAGGUUGAGCGACCCGGAAGUAACGGAACGUGUUACUUCCGGGUUUCGCUGCUCGCGCAUGCGCAGACGCCCAAAAUGACAUCACGCGCGUGCGCGGAAGCGGCGAAUCGCAACCCACGCACGCGCAGACACAGGUUGCGUUCGCUUCAGGAUGCGAACGGGGCCCUGGAACAGAUCAGUGGACAGAGGUACCACUGUACAUAGGAUUGCACUGUCGGAACUUAAACUUGACAUUAAACUUUACCUCCAAGUUUAAUGUUUGUUGCUUUCCAUGGGAAAAAAUGACCUGUUUUCAAUCCUCAGCAUCUCUAAGUAGGGAUGAGAGAGAUUCCUGCCUGAAAGCAACUGCAAGUAAAAACUUGGUGCUGAUGAUGCUUAGCUAGAGGAACCAACAGCGGGGUGGGAGGGAGUUGUGUAGCCCCAGGAGCUGAGAGUCAUCCGUUGAUGGGUGGGAGCCACCACCGAGAAGGCCCUCUGCCUGGUUCCCUGUAACUUCACUUCUUUCAGUGAGGAAACCGCCAGAAGGCCCUCGGAGCUGGAAUCAUAGUUGGAGGGGACCCUGAGGGUCUUCUAGUCCAACCCCCUGCAACGCAGGGAUCUUUUGCCUGCUGUGGGAUUUGAACCCAUAACCCUGAGAUUAAGAGUUUCGCGCUCUACCGACUGAGCUAUCCAGUCUGCCUCUUCUUCCCCGAGGUGAAAAAUAAUCAAAUCUUGGAUUUAAAUAAACAUUCACAUUAUCAGCAUCAGAAAAUGUUUAGAAGAUAGUGAAAUAUGAUGGUGUAUUUACUUUUAUUUUUAUGUUUUUAGGUUUGAUGCUAUGUUAUUAAUAACUUUUUCUGUUAAGAGAUAGCAAAGUGGGUGAAAAUAGAAACAAACCAGAAGCGCAAGUUGGGGGAAGCCUUGGAGGGGAAGGAGGGAGGAAUAUAUAGUAAAUGUUAAGAAUUUGAGAUGUAUGUAAUGAAUGAAAAAGAAAAAUGAAUUAUUUUUAAAAAUAAAAUAAUAAUAAUAAUAAUAAUAAUAAUAAUAAUAAUAUCUUUGCCAAACCUCUUCUGUGGGUUUGUGGGGGUUUCACCUGCUCCGGUCCCCCAAUCUCUCUCCCCUGUCCCACUGACCUCUUGCCCCUUCUCCCAGGCCUGCACACCUGGCAGGUCAGGUACGGCUGCGAGUUGAGCCAAGAAGGCCGCCAAGGAGCAUACGAGCAGGAAGCUUACGAUGGGACGGUCUACCCCGACCUUGACCUGGAGUCUCUCUCCUGGAUGGCAGUCGAGAGAGGAGCCCAAGUGAACCGGACUGGAAACCAGACGGUCUCUGUGAUGGCUUACAUGGGGAAGGAGGACUGCAUUGCGUGGCUGCGGAGAUACCUGGACUACGGGAAGGAGGCUCUGCUGAGGACAGGUGGGUGUUUGUGUGAGGGCAGGUGCAGGGAGAUGGGAACAAGACUUGUGUUGAGUUGGGUGUGUGUGCUGAAAUUCUUUCAUAUUCUACCCAGCAUACACCCAUCCUAUACCACACUGCAAAGGUGAUGGGAGCCAAGAGCUGCCUAAUAAUAAUAAUAAUAAUAUUAAUAAUACAGUCAUAGUUCUUGUUACGUUUGCUUCAUGAUAUGUUUUUUCAGGUUGUGUCCCGCGACGCCCCGGAAGUACCGGAAAGGGUUACUUCCGGGUUUCGCCACCUGCGCAUGCGCAGAUGCGCAAAAUGACAUCAUGCACAUGCGCAGAAGCAGCACAGAUGCGGAUUGUGUUCCUUUUAGGUUGCGAACAGGGCUCUGGAAUGGAUCCUGUUCUCAACCAGAGAUACCAGUGUAAUAAUAAUAAUAAACGACAGCUUAGGGGGUGGCAGAGAGGACACACUUCUAGAAUAUUUAUCCCGAUCUUUUGAAAUAAAUAAAGAAUCUCAGGAAGCAAGAGGACAAAAGCUUUUAAAAAGAAUGGUGGGGUGGGAAAUAUAAUUUAUUUAGGAGACCUUUGCAAGCAGAUGAAAACAUUAUCAGGAAUUUAAUCUCACUUGUAAUGUAACAAAUACGAUGGAUAAUAUGGACUGAUAUAAAAUAUAGAUUAUAGAAAAAUAUGCAGUUGUAAAUGUUGACAAUAGGACCCAUGGAGGGGUUGGGGGGAAAUCUCAAGAUUCAGAGUAAUCUCUAUAUAUGGAUACACAUCUGGAUUGUUAUAAUUUUGUAUUUGUAAAAUCAAACGAAAAUGAUUUUUUAAAAAAUGAAAUAAAGAACGCAAGCAUAGUGGAGACAGACCGGACCAAGUUUUCAACUUGAAAGGGUUUAAAUCUCUCUUCUUAAUGUUGAAAACCUUCAGGCUGGAUAUAUCAGAACAUGUGCAGACUGCCACACCUUUGAAUUAUCCUCUUUGCACCACCCCGCCGUAAAUAAAAGCCCCAGCCCUAUGGAAAGUCAUAAAAACACUAACAAUGUAUUUUAUGGCUUCACGUCUUCCUGAAAUUCUUGCUGGACCUGCUGGUUAACUCUUAUGUGGCCUCCAUUCCAAGGAGUUGAGGCCUUUUGUACCUCAUGUGGAACAUUAUUGUAUUCACCCAAUGAUUCAUGUUUUGCCAGAUAUGAAGGGGCAGAGGUUCAGAGCUUUCCUGUAAAAUUGGCUAGAGAAAAAACUGAGAUCACUUACUUUCUGUGCCUUGGCAAUAAGCUGCAACCACAUGCACAUGCUCAGACACCAUUUCAUACUUAGAUUUUGUACUUUUGUAGCUUGGCUACUAGUUACAAACCUGUCUUAAUUUUGCUUCAUUUUGCUACUGUAAUUGCUGCUUUGAGACCCAGAUUAUGUAAGUAAACACUGCUUUUAUUUCUUCACAAAACAAUGUGUGUAUGAUUGCUUUUAAGUGGGGGAGAAGAGGGAUAAUACAGUGGUACCUUGGUUCUCAAACUUAAUCCGUUCCAGAAGUCUGUUCCAAAACCAAGGCGCACUUUCCCAUAGGUCAGAGGGAUUUGACGCUGGCAGCUCUGGCCUCUGCUCAGCCUGCGUCAAAUCUAAACCUCUCUGUUCCUGCCCGUAUUCUGCAGCUGGCUGUAAAGUUCCACUUGGAGCUGGUUCAUUCCUGACAAUUGUCAUAAAAUUUUCUCUUAAACCAUAACAUGCUGUAGAUAAUCGUCCCCAUGCUUCCAUGUCUAUAUUAUGACCAAUAUCUAUUGCCCAAUGUAUCAUUGAGGAUUUUACUUGCUCAUCCUUUACAUUUCCAACACUUAUUUGGUUUAGAUUUAUACAUUUAUACUCAGUGUUAGAUACCACCGAUAUAUCACUUUCGUAUCAUUUUCUCUUAGACCAUAGCAUGUUGUAAAUUUUAUAUCCAUAUUCCACAAGUUCUUAGUCAAAUACAAGAACCAUCAAACAUUUCUGGCGAGACGCUCGGUCAUUGCCGUAUCCCAUAUAUUUUCUGAUAUCUUCAGGGGUAUUUCAGACUGUUUCUUCCAUUCAUGCUGUGGUCAGUAAGGAGCCUACUACUUGGCUGUGGUGCAGGGUAGAGCCUAAGUCCAUGUCCAAAUAUAAUAGGGCUGGGGCAGGAUUUGGACAAAGGGAUUAACCUGUAAUUGCGGAUAUAAUGGGGAAUACCCUAUUCCAAAAGUUUAUAACAUGGGGGCAUUUCCGCCAAAUGUGAAUAAAUGAACCAAGUUUUCCACAACCCUUCCAACAUAAAGAGAAAAGGGAGGGAUUAAUUUUUGCCAGCUUGACAGGAGUGUGGGGACAUUUGAGGAGGACACGGCCUGCUUGCCUCUGAGGACGCCUCUGUCAUUUCCGCAGAGCCUCCGGUCGUGAAGGUGACAAGUAAGGAGGACUCCAAAGGCCCGGCCACCCUUGUCUGCCGAGUUUACGGCUUCUACCCAAAGGAGAUCAAUGCCUACUGGAGGAAAGACGGAGAGGCCUGGGUGCAGGAUACCUUCCGCAGAGUUGCCGCCCCCAAUUCGGACGGGACCUACCAUGCCGUGCUCAGUAUUAAAACCAGCCCCAAGGAGAGGAAACGCUUCCAGUGCCACGUGGAGCACGAAGCCCUGCCCAAACACCUGGAUGUGGCCUGGCAGGAGCCUGGUGAGAGGCAGCAGGGAGCAAAGGCUUAUGGGAGGUGAAUUUUCACCCGGGGAAGGAAGAGGGACGACACCAGGGAGCUGGGAGCAUUGCAGCUGAUAUUGACAACCUCCAAUUGGAGACAAACAUUUCCUAUUUGCUGAUAUGAUUAAGGUCUUCAGCAAGCCUUGAGAGGUGAUGAGAUGGAGGGGGGCCCUUUCUUAGAUGAUGAUGAUGAUGAUGAUGAUUUAUUAUUUAUAUCCCAUCCAUCUGCCUAGGUUUCCCCAGUCACUCUGGGUGGCUCCCAACAGAAUAUUUAAAAUGGGAUAAAGCAUCAAACAAUAAAAACUUCCCUAAACAGGGCUGCCUCUAAAAGUCAGAUAGUUGCUUAUUUCCUUGACGUCUGAUGGGAGGGUGUUCCACAGGGCAGGUGCCACUACUGAGAAGGCCCUCUGCCUGGUUUCCUGUAACCUCACUUCUCUCAUCGAGGGAACCACCAGAAGGCUCUUGGAGCUGGACCUCAGCGUCUGGGCAGAAUGAUGGGGGUGGAGAUGCUCGUUCAGGUAUACUGGGCCGAGGCCGUUUAGGGCUUUCAAGGUCAACACCAACACUUUGAACUGUGCUCAGAAACGUACUGGUUACCUCCCCGAAUCCCUCUGAAUUUCACGAGCUCCCAAGUCCUGUGGCCUCCCCAUAAGAGGAUCUUUUUUUGUUCUGGGUUUCCCGUCAAUCAUUUCUCUCUUCUUCUGUUCAACUUCAGUGUUCAACAGCUGGCUAAUUCCAUGCAUCGUGGGGACUGUAGUCCUGGUGGCCGGCAUCUCCGUGGGCAUCAGUAAGUACCACGUACCCUCCAAGUGUCCCAAUUUUCUGAGGACAGUCCCAGAAUUACGAAAGCCACCCCAGCCUCUGAUUGGAUCGCAGAAUGUCCCGAUUUUCCCUGCCGGUGCUGCUGCCACCAAGCUUGGCUAGGAGGAUUAGCCGAGGGAGCAUCCCAUAGCCUCUCUGUGGCCUCUCCAUGGCUGCCACUGCCAGCCUCCUCCCAUGGGCAGCUCAUCGUGGCUGCUGGAGAGCGAGCAAGGAGGAGAGAAUCUGCCACCGCCAAGGCACAGCCCUGCGCAUGAUGCUCCAGCCCUUAAGGGCAGAUAAGAGGGUAGGGUGCCACAGAGGAACUUACGCUCUUCAAACAAAAACAUCCUGAAGUUCCCAGGCCACAGAGAGGUUAGGCUGGCCUCAACUAGGGCCAGGGCCUUUUCAGUAUUGGCCCCGACUUGGUGGAACGCUCUGUCACAAGAGACUAGGGCCCUGCGGGACUUGACAUCUUUCCGCAGGGCCUGCAAGACAGAGCUGUUCCACCAGGCCUUUGGCCAGGGCACAGCCUGACUCCCUCCUUUGGCAGUCUUCACAGAACUUUAGCCUAAUGGUUGCCAUCAAUUUGAUUUGAAUUAAUUUUAUAAUGAAAUGAUUUUAGAAUGUUGUACUAUUUAAUUGUUGUUAGCCGCCCUGAGCCCGGCUUCGGCUGGGGAGGGCGGGAUAUAAUUAAAAUUUAUUAUUAUUUAUUAUUAUUAUUAUUAUAGGGCACACCGCCCAUGGGCAGUAAAUCGUUCAAAAAUAAAAUAUGGGUUGAAGGGUUUUCUCAGGACAGUGGAGGGCGGUGUGUCCUCUUAGUGUGGUUGUGGUGGCACUUUUCCGGAAGGAAGGGUCAGAGGCAGCAAGGGUCAUGUUGGAGGAAAUCAGGUAGUGCUUGGAAUCUGGAAGACUUCCUACCUUUACUAGUGACAGGUUCCUGGGGUGUCUGCCGGGAUCUUUCCCCAGAAAAUCAUCUGCUUGAGUGGUCCUUCCCCACAAGAGAGGGUGAGACUGGACAAUCUCCGUUGCAUCCCUUUCUGUCCUGAAGAAUCGUUGUCAUGAGUAAAAUGACUAGAGGCUCCAGAAUCUAUAACCCACUUGUUUGACUAGGUCUCACAACUGUUCACAGUUAAGGUCUUUCCUUGUGAAAGAAAACUUUUCUCGUUCCUUUUCAUUUGGCCACUUAAAAUGUAGGGGAUUUCUGUGACUUUGGGGCUUUGCAAGCCUUGGCUGUGUGCCCUCCUUUGGGCAACUGAAACUCAUAAUUUGAUUCUCUCUCUGCAGAGACGUGGCAAAGACACUAAGCUGCGCCAAGUAAGUGAGAUGCGAGUUUUUCCUCUGGCGUAGAACAGGCCUAGGGUGGGAGACGGGCAUAAGGGAGGAUUUGUUCAGGGCGUGUGUGAACUUGAAACAGCACAAGGUCCCUAUAAAACUGGAGGCAGAAAAUAAAAUACAUCUAACGGAAAGGUAACGGCAUUUAAACCUCCCAUACUCCCAGAAAACAGAAGCUUAUGUUAAGGGGAAAUUGAGAGAGGAGCAAUUUACGGGGCAAUUCGCAGUAUUCUGUCCUUCACCAGAAGCAGUGAAAACAGACCUUCUGCUAGCUUGUAUGUCUGAAAUUGCCUCUGCACACACCUGCGUAGGAUCACCUCCCUUAUUUCCUUUGAGUGCCUUCUCCAAAACUCACCUUUCUCCGCAAAGUAUUUGGCUCAGCCCUACUUGUGCCAAUGCCCUACUGCUGGCUUCCCCAACCUGGUGCCCUCCAAAUGCUUUUGGCCUCAGCCAGUGAGGCCAACAGGGAGAGAUGAAGGGAGUGUGAGUCUUUAGCAGCUUUAAGCAAUGUUUAUCCAGUCUACAAGGGACAGGCUGGAGUUGCUGUUGGAUCCAUCCAUCGACCCCUGAUGAUUUCGAAGGAUUGGGUCCAGCAUCACUUUCGCUUGCCGGUAUCCUGCGACAGAGUGAGCUCCUGUUGCUCUGUCCCAGCUCCUGCCAACCUAGCAGUUCAAAAGCAUGUCAGUGCGAGUAGAUAAAUAGGUACCACUGCGGUUGGAAGGUAAACAGUGUUUCUGUGCACUCUGGUAUCCAUCACGGUGUCCCGUUGUGCCAGAAGCGGUUUAGUCCUGCUGGCCACAUGACCUGGAAAGCUGUCUGUGGACAAACGCCUGCUCCCUCACCCUCAAAGCGAGAUGAGCGCCACACUCCAUAGUCACCUUUGACUGGACUUAACCGUCCAGGGGUCCUUUACCUUUACCUAUAGGUUGUCUAAUGGAGGCAAAUGUAUAGAAACCAGUGGUAUGUAUGUAAUUGCAUGUCAUGCUAUGCAGCAAAGGGAGCUCCUUUGCUCUGGAGCAAAGCGCAGGAGGCCAACGCUUCUGAUGUGCUGGUUGGGUAGCGCCCCCACCCCCACCCAUAACAAGCCUCACCUGGAUACUUUUGCCCAGAAGGUGCCCUUUUGAUCUUUGCUUCCUGCACAUUUCAUUAAAAAAUUCCUUCCAGUAGCACCUUAGAGACCAACUAAGUUUGUUAUUGGUAUGAGCUUUUGUGUGCAUGCACACUUCUUCAGAUACCAACACAGCUACCUGCCUGUACAUUUCAUGUGUGUCUUGAUCAUGCCCAGGGAUGGAGUCCUCUGCAAGGGGAGUUGGGUUGGAUUAGAUGCUCUGACUCUGUUAUUCAGAUGCCCCCGUCCUUUGUCAGCUUCACUGUGCUUAGUUCACCUGACACCCUCCUGUGUGUUUUUCUGCAACAGAUAUGUCGGCUGGAAGAGCAGCAGAAACAGAGGAACCUCUCUGACAUCUGAGCAGAGAGGUGGGUAG